AUGCCGACCGCUGUCGUGACGGGAUGUAAUUCUGGCAUUGGCCAUGCCUUUGCGAAAUUGCUCAUCUCUGAGGGCUACGAAGUCAUCGCAACAGACUACAUUGUUGGCGACAAUAUAAAAAGCCUAGGAUGUCGACAGUCUCAACUUGACGUUCGGGCUCCUGAGUCCAUCUCAGCCUUUGUCUCGUCGCUAUCCGGUCAAUCGAUAGAUAUGCUCCUAAAUGUGGCCGGAACCAUGGCCAAACAUGAAGACGACUCUCUUGAGUCCGUCAACAAGGACACUCUGACCCGUGUCUUUGAAACAAACACAUUUGGUCCUCUUCUUCUCACCCAAGCCCUACUUCCAAAUCUCCUCAAGGUUUCUGGUGCAAGAAUCGGCAUCGUCUCUUCGCGCGUAGGUUCCAUCGCCGACAACUCGACAGGCGGUAUCUACGCUUAUCGCGCUUCCAAGGCCGCCGUCAACUCGAUUGGAAAGAGUCUAGCCAUGGAUCUCAAAGACAAAGGUAUUGGUGUAUCUCUCCUCCAUCCAGGAAUCGUCAAGACCGGUCUGGACCCUACUGCUGCCAACACACCUGAAGCCGUCAUGCCAGACGAGGCUGCUAAUAAGCUUUGGAAGGUCUGGCAGUCCAAAGGCAUGGAGGAUACAGGCAAGUUUUGGCAUCGUGAGGGACAGGAGCUGCCUUGGUAG